AUGGAGGAUACCUUCAAGAUGUACGAUGCGGUGAAGGAGACCGAAGUUCAAAAGAAUGAUGAUUCCGAAACAAUGAACCACUUUGCAUCCCUCGUUCAGGAGUAUUUAACAUUGCAAGACAGGCCUAUUGAACAUCCACCAGAAGCUGGCAUUGAAUAUGUGUAUGAUAUAUUCUACAAAGAAGAUGAUUCAAACCCGCCGACUGCGAAUAAUCGUUGGCAAAAUGUUGCGUCAGCAAUAUGGGCUGACGGUGAAAACGAAGUGCUUCCAGAUGAGGAUUCAAGUGGUUCUCAAUAUUUUACAGAGGACGAAGAUUCGAACGCUGAGGACCAUUAUACUCAUGAUUAUCCGGACGAAGAUGAAGUGUAUUCAGACCAAGACUCGGACUACCAUGAGGCAGAUUUCUAUGAUAGUCAUGAUGUCAUCGACAGUGACAAUGACUACGAGGAAGAGGAUGAUGCGGUAUAG